CACACACACACUGACUAUCAAGUCAUCGUUACAAGGUGUACAGUUCUGACCGGCCGGCACCACGGGUUGGUUGCUCGUGUAUUUUGGUGAGCUGUGACACAAUCGACCUUAGCAUGUGUGCGCGCGUUCCUGAGUGACCAUCGGUUCUGAAGCAAAGAAGCUACGAUGAGGUGGUGCGGAAGGCUGACGACGGUGGUGUCGGCGGUGGCGGUGAUGGUGGUGAUGGUGGCGGAGGUGAAGCAUACGCAGGCCGCGCGGAUCCUGAUGGCGGUGCCGCUGGGCACUAAGAGCCACAACAACUUCUUCGUCCCCAUCGCCGAGCACCUGGCGCGGCGGAACCACACGGUGACCUACGUGGCGGGGUACACGGUGUCCUCAAAAUCUCCAAACAUCAGAGUGGUGAAGGUGCCCGACGAGGUACAGAUACUCAACAAGGUUCCCAACCUCUUCACCAACAACCAACAUCUCGCCAUGGCCUCAAUCAUGAAAGAGAUGGAGGUCGCGUGUGUCAACGCCCUGGCCUACGAGGGAGUGCAGAAGCUCAGGGACGAGAAGUUUGACCUGGUCAUUGUACACGCCGCCGUGAGUGAGUGCUUCCUCUCCUUCGUCCACCAACUGCAGGUUCCCUUCAUCUACGGCAACCCAAACAAACCUGUAGGAGUCUUUGCCAAAGUGGCGGGCUGCCCCGCCUUCCCUUCCCUGUCUGCAAGCUUCAUGCUGGACCCUGAGUACCCGCUCACCUUCAUGGGGCGCACGAUCAGCACCCUUUAUGACCUGAUGGGGAUCAUGUCCUACGAAUGGAGCACGCUUCCAAAUAUGGAAGCAGAAUGCCGCGCCCGCAAGUUGUGCCCUGAGGACAUGCCCAGCCUCUUGGAGCUCAGACUAAAGAGCAGCCUCUUCAUCGCUAACAGCGUCAGGACGAUGGAGAACCCGACGCUGCCCUACACGCCCACGGUGGUGCACGCCGGAGGAAUACACUGUCGCCCCGCCGAGCCGCUCCCCGAGGAUCUGCAGCAGUGGGUCGCCGGCGCGGGGAAGCCAGGAGUCAUUCUCUUCAGUCUGGGAAGCCUCGUCAAGCCGUCCAGCAUGCCCGAGGAGUAUAGGAAGGUGCUGCUGGAGGUGUUCGGCUCCCUGCAGCAGCGGGUCCUGUGGAAGUGGGACGAGGACGCCAUGGAGGGCCUUCCCCCCAACGUGCGGCUGUCCAAGUGGCUCCCUCAGCAGGACAUCCUCGGUCACCCGCAGCUGAGGCUCUUCAUUACACACGGGGGUCUGUUCAGCUCCCAGGAGGCCACCUACCACGGGGUGCCGGUGAUUGGGUUGCCGGUAACCUUGGACCAACACCACAACAUGAGGACAGUGCAGAGGGAGGGCUGGGGACGAGUCCUUCAAUGGGAGGACCUCACCAAUGAGAGUCUUCGUGUCCUCAUCCUGCAGACACUGGACGACUCAAGGCUGCUAGAGGAGGUGCGGCGGCGGUGGAGGGUGAUGCGGGACCAGCCGAUGUUACCGGGGGACUGGGCAACCUACUGGGUGGAGUAUGUCCUGCGGCACCAAGGGGCACGCCACCUCCGCUCCCCCGCCCUCGACAUUCCCUGGCUGGAAGCGGAUUGCCGCGCCCGGAAGCUGUGCCCUGAGGACAUGCCUAGCCUGUCGGAGCUGAGACUUAAAGGCAGCCUCUUCAUCUCCAACAGCGUCAGGACGAUGGAGAACCCGACGCUGCCCUACACGCCCACGGUGGUGCACGCCGGAGGAAUACACUGCCGCCCCGCCAAGCCGCUCCCCGAGGAUCUGCAGCAGUGGGUCGCCGGCGCGGGGAAGCCAGGAGUCAUCCUCUUUAGUCUGGGAACCCUCGUCAAGUCAUCAACCUUACCCGAGGAGUACAGGAAGGUGCUGCUGGAGGUGUUCGGUUCCCUGCAGCAGCGGGUCCUGUGGAAGUGGGACGAGGACGCCAUGGAGGGCCUUCCCCCCAACGUGCGGCUGUCCAAGUGGCUCCCUCAGCAGGACAUCCUCGGUCACCAGCAGCUGCAGCUCUUCAUUACACACGGGGGUUUGCUUAGCACCCAGGAGGCGUCCUACCACGGGGUGCCGGUGCUCGGCCUGCCUGUCGCCGUGGACCAACAUCAAAACAUGAGGAUGGUGCAGCGGGAGGGCUGGGGACGCUUCCUGCACUGGGAGGACCUCAACUAUGACAGCUUUCGCGGCAACAUUCUCCAGAUGAUAGGCGACACAAGGUUUCGGGACGAGGCGCAGCGUAGGGCGAAGGUGAUGCGGGACCAGCCGUUGUCGCCGGGGGACUGGACGACCUACUGGGUGGAGUAUGUCCUGCGGCACCAAGGGGCACGCCACCUCCGCUCCACCGCCCUCGACAUGCCCUGGUACCAGUUGUACAACGCUGACGUGUGGGCGGUGGUGGUGGUGGUGACGCUGGUGGCGGGGGUCCUGGUCUCCUGGCUCUGCUACAGGAUCCUUCGAGCCUUGAUUGGCUGCUGCUGCCAAGCAAAAAAGGCCAAGAAGGACUGACGUCUGGUAUAUAGUGACGCCGGCCACGAGGAGUGAGAAGUAGAAGCUAGACGGCGUGAGCCGAGCAAAAGAUGACGUACUGUGAAUGCUUUAAGAGUGAACACCCUCAAAACACACACAGCAUAAGAUUUAUAACGUUCUUGAGGCCGAUGCAUGAGGUCAUCCAAGGAAGAAUUAAGAUCAUGUUCGCAUCCCCACGUUUUAUUUGCGGCGCCGUCACUGCGGGACAGGAGCUUACCGGCUUGGUCCGCCGCGCCGCGCCCAGCGAGGCGGACCGAGUCUUCCUCGUGGCUGCGGCGAGGCAAUGAAAGGGAAAGAAAUGUAAAGAUGGUUAAAGGUGCAAGAAAUAAGAAAAAACCAGCAACAAAGAAAUAUCGCAACAGUAAAUACUUAUACGGGGAAGAAAAUAAAAACACAUACAAACAAAACCA